UGACAGCCAUAAGGGGUGUACGUAAAGGUCAAAAUCAGCAGCAAAUACAGAAUGAGCUGGACUGCACAGAGGGACUUGGUCAUAUUUGUCAUCUUACUCUUUGGUUUUCAAGUGUCCCAGAGUUGGGAGCCGAUUGAAUGGGGAGGGAAAUACGCUCAGAAGACCAUCUGCGGUCUGACAGGAACCACCGUGAUCCUCAACUGCUCCUUCUGGUACCCACAGACGCACGACGGCCACAUCAUAAAGGUCGAAAAAGCACUGUGGUUCAUCAAAGGUGACGACAAUCAACCUGACGAUCUGAUGACGGACGCUCAGUACACUGAUCGUCUGGACCUAAAUUGUCAAGGCAACUGGUGCACUUUGUCAAUCAGAGAGCUGAGAAAGAGCGACGAGGGCAAAUACAAGUUCAGAUUCAUAACUAACGCGACCAAAGGAGAAUACACUGUCUUGUCUGGAGUCACUCUGAAAGUCACUGAUCUCAGUAUACAAAAGUCUUGGUGGUACCCAACGAGUCUGAGUUGUCACAGUGAGUGUGAUUUGGACUCUCCCUCGUACAUUUGGUAUGAGAAUGGAAAAAAAAGACCAAACUUGAACUCCAAAAUGAUUUCACCAGUAGAUUACCGCAGCUACUCCUGUGCUUUAAGAGGACACGAACAGCAUUUGUCUCCUCCAGUGUGUUCAAGAACCUCAUGUGACAAUGUGGUUUAUAACUACAAAAGUAUCUGCGUCCUCAAAGGCUCCGAUGUGUACAUUGCUUGCACUUACAGCCACCACAAGACGGUACGGGAAAAAUCUUGGUUCCGCCCAGACAAUGGCAACACUUGGAAUGUUCCCUCAGAGGGUUGGGCAGUCCAGUUGGACCACCGGUAUUCCACUUACGAUAAGUCUGGCGAACAAUCGGGUCUACGAAUCCAAAAUGUGACGGACAGUGAUUCUGCAGAGUAUCGCUUCACAUUGUCAGAAUGGGGAAGCGAUUUACCUGGAACAACAUUGAAGGUAACAGCUGCGCGGGUGCAGGUGAUCAAGGCCGAAAACAAAGAUUCUUACACGGUCGCUUCGCUGUCCUGUCACACAAGUUGCAGUCCUGCAUCACAUUUGUAUUGGUGCUGGGUGAAGGAUGGACACCAAAAUGUUGGCAGUCCAACUUGGACAAAAGAACAGCAAAUCACUUUACGUCCAGGAGAAUACAUCACCUGUGCUGUUGAAAAUUAUCCAUUAAGUGUCUCUCCUCCAUUGUAUGCUCUGGAAGCCCCCAGAGUGUUCUUGAGUAAUAACAGUGAGAUCAUGGAGGGUGAUCCAUUGACUCUGUUCUGCAGAGCUUACACCCCAACAUCAUCGAGACACCGCUGGUGCAAGAGGACCAGAACUUCCGACUGUGAGUUUAUGAGUUAUGGAGAAAAGCUGUUCUUCAGCUCCAUCCAGUCUUCAGACUCAACUGAGUAUUUUUGUGCUGUGGAGAAUGAUCUGGGGGAGAAGAUGUCACAAUCAGUCGUAGUUGUUGUCAAAUAUGCUCCAAGGUUCUCUAAUUUGCUGGUGAGUCCAUCAAAUGUCACCGAGGGACAGCCAGUGAAUCUUACCUGCAGCAGUGAUGCUAACCCAGCUGCUAGCUACACCUGGUACAAGGACCAAACUAUGCUUCAGGGUUCAGAAAGAAAUUACGUUUUCAACUCCAUCCGCGCUGAAGAUGCUGGAAGCUUCUACUGCAAGGCCCACAAUAAAUAUGGAAACGUCAUCUCUUCACAGGUGGUCGUAGACAUCCAAUAUAUUCCUCGGCUACCAAGCAUCUCAGCGAGUCCCUCUUCUAACGUCACCAUGGGUUAUUCGGUCAGAUUGACGUGUACCAGUGAUGCUAACCCUGCCGCCAGCUACUCUUGGUAUAAGGACCACCAGGAGUCUCCCAAGUCCACGGAAGCCAUGUUCAACAUCAUCAACUUCACACAGGAAGAUGAGGGCGAGUAUCACUGCGUGGCCCGAAACGCCAAAGGAAGCCAGAAUGCCACUGUCCUGCUAUUGGCAAAGGCUGGUUCACUGACAGCGGUGGCUGUUGGUUGUGCCAUGGCCGGCAUCCUGCUGAUCCUACUUUUGGUCACCGUCCUGCUGCUUUGGAAAAAGAUGAACCCAAAAGGCAGGACACAGUCCAAAUCUCAGUCAAACACGAGUGAAGACUGCAGCAGAGAUCAACAGGAUGAGCUGGUGUACUCCAUGGUGGCGUUCCCCAGACCCUCUCCAAUCUACUCCAAUGUCACCAAUGCCAUGAGGGUCCCAGACGUGGAUCUAGAUGGAAGUGUGGAGUACACAGCCAUCAAAUGUGGCGACAAAGCCUCAGGGCUGAAGCCUGAAAUGAGCGUCAAUGUUUGUGAGCUCUACAGCACUGUGCAAAAAAUAUGAACAAACAUGAUCUCAUCGUUGGACGGUCAAGACACUGAGAUGAAAUUCAUUUUCUUAUUACUUGUAUUAAAACUAUUAUCAUUUUUAUUUAUUAUUAGUAUUAACCAU